GUCACAUUCAAAAUAACCAUUCUUGUAACAAAUAUAGUGACUUGUAUUUAUGGUGGGCUUGCAAAUGAAUAAUGUAUAAUAUAUCACCGUAAAUUGACUAUCAAGAAUGGUAAACUAAUGUAACCCUGUAAAAAAGUUAUCAGAAUAUGAGAAAAUACAAUUAUUUCUCCUUUUACUCGUUUGAGUUGUUUUAUUCUAAACAUUAAUAUGAGGUAAGUCGUAGCGAACACCGAACCACCUUCAUUCGCUACGCAAAAAAACGCCUCACAGACCAUUCUUUCCUCUUCUCACCUUUUCUUAACUGAGUUCACGGCGAACUUGUUUUAGGCACGCCGUCAUUUACAAAUAUAAAGAUUAACGGGACUCUACGUUCACCUCUAUAUUCUUACAUUACUGUCUCAGAUUUAACGCAAAAGCAAAUUUAAUAGAAGUUGCAUCUCACUCUCAAAAUUAUAACUUCAAAAUGGACGGCUUCACAGAUAUUAGAAACCCCUUUAGUGUGGCAAAUGUUUCCGUUGGGUCCUUGUUGAUCCUCGGAGGUUUGAUUGAAGUAUUCUCGUUCCAGCUGUUCACAGUUUUGCUGGGUCUUUUUCUCGCCUUGUUUGGUUUCUUAAGUAUCUACAUGGAACGAACUGUGCCCAAUGAAGUCUCUCAAAGUGCACCGUUCCUUCUUUCUUUGCUCGGCCGUGGAGGUUUCUAUGUGUUCCUGGGUGUUCUCAUGUCUACAAUGGGCGGAUUUCGCAAAUUCCUUGGCAUCAUCAUUCUUGCAGUCGGCGGUUUCUUUUCUGUUUGCCAUUUCUCGCCAAACAUGCGCGAGAAGGCACCUCGUAGCCUUCGUGACAACGAGUGGGAUGAUACUGUCGUUGAUGUUUAAAGUCAGAACGGUUUUAAGGAAUGCGACGAUAAUAUGGCUCUAUGUGACGAAUCCAUCCUUUGAUAUUAUUUUCCUUUUUCCAAAAUGAACUACGAGCCCUCACUUGUAGCUCUUUGUCCGACAUUUCUCUGGCACAGUUGAGGAACACCGCUGAAUAUUCUGUAACCAUUUGGGCCCGGUAGAUGCUUACACCCAACUGGGUGUUAUUUAUAUUAUUUUACUUCAUUUCCUUGUAAAAAUGUAUGCGCGCAAAAGGAUGUUUUAGCAUAAAGGGGGAAUUCCAUUCUCCCCGCGCUUUAAGUACUGAAUCGCUAAACACAUACAAGGUAGUCUGAGACUUAAACCUAAUCAAGUAAUUUUUACGUCUA